GUUCUGAUGGCCAUGCUUGGCACGGCGAUCAUCUGUCUCAGCUUCCGAGCUGUCGCAAUCGUUUCGAGAAGCCUGAGAGCGAGCCCCCACGGUAGCGUGGGAGAAGGUGAUGCAUCGCCCAGGGCCGCUGUCAUUCCACGACCCGCCUUUUUUGUCAUCGCACUUGCCAACCCGUUGCUUCAGGUCGGGACCGUGGUGGCCUCUGGCCUGCUAGCUGUGAAGUGGCUGCUAGCAGGUGAGGAAGCCGGCCUGCCGCUCGCAGCUUGCUUUCUGGUCAUCACGGUGAACACGGAGUUGCUGAUAAUGGUUUCGUUGGUCGCACAUUUGCGAGCAAUUCUUGUGGAGCUGGCCAGCUGCAGAGAUGUCCGGGUCAGGUUUCGAGGCAUCACCAAUCUGGUUGGAGCGCCGAUUGGCAGGGUAUGCCUGGCAUGGAACAUGAUUGCCAUGGUAAUUCUGCUGGUCUGCCUUCGUGAGCAGCCUUGGAAGUUUUUGGCAUGGCAGGGGGCAACCCUUGGUAUUCUGGCCUGGGCAAAUGCCAGCUUUUCUGGCAUUGGCGCAAGUGCCUGGAGCGACAUUCGCCCGCUGGCAGCCAAGGUCACACCUGUGAUGGAACUAUCGGAGUUGAUGACGUGUGAAAGUCCACCUGCAGGCAUGGACUCACAGACUCCGGGCGCGGAGCUGCCCACCUGCGAGCCUGGAUUGCGUGCAACGUUGGCAACGCUAUGGUAUGGCACCUGGUAUUUCAAUGAAGAGGAUGGCUUCUUGCUUCGAAGACGUCAGGACUUGUUGCAGCAGGCGUUCCCGACAUUUCCACUUCUACGAGGUGCACAUGCUGUAGUGGUAGCUGCGUUGAGUUUGCUGAGCUUUGGAGUGCCGACCUUCUUGGUGAGCUACUGCAUGUUGCAGACGCCGCAGCUGCAGCUUUGUGAUGCAGUCGGUGGGAACAUACAUCCAAGCUUCGAUCCUUGGGCUUCGCACCAUUACGUGAUUUUGCGUGAGGAAUGGACAGCAGCUGUCUCGUUUGAUUUCGAGAUGGAUCUUGGACAAGCCGCAAGAUUUGGGUUUUGUUGCAGUUCCACGCCUUGUGCUACACAGCCUGUUCCAAAGCACCAAAGAUCUGACAGGACGCUCAUGAACGGACGUGUUGCCCAGCAUGAGUUCGGCACAUGUUCCUUGAUUCUCCAGGGCCUUCGCCAGCGAAAGUACGAGUUCACGGUACUAGCGCCUCGUAGCCUCAACAUGUCCUUGCAGCUUGGCAGAGCCACCGCUAGCUUCCAGGAGUUCGAAGUCGAAAGGCACUUGUACGAUUCCAGCCUCCCAUUGCCUUCACGGUCCCGAGAACUAUGCUUCUCUGCUACGUUAAGCUGGGACCCGACCCAUAUUGGUUUGGACUCGACUGUGCAGCUCUGCAGACAUCAGCCUGGGUCUUGUCAGCCAAUCCCAGUUUCCCGGGCCAAGGGUGUGGUUAGCUUCAACCAUGGCAUCGUUGGUACCGAUGCCGGCGGUGGUCCCUUCGACAUCGUGGUUCUCUUGGUUUUUCGCGCGACACAGCAUCCCGCGAGUGGUUGGAACUCAACGUACACUGUCCAGGUCAAUGUAUUCAGCAUUGAGCAGAGGCUAGCAGAGCUGGCGCGACAAAUUUCCACGCAAGCAAGAAGAGAUGCUCUGGCAGGGUGGCAUGUGAACAGUGAAGCUGCGGAAGCUCAGCACGAGUAUGAGGUUGCUAUUCGUGAGCGAAACAAGUUGAUUCAGCAGGCCUACGAUGACCAGAGUGCUGCUUCACAUGGCCUCGAAGACGCGGACAACAUGCUGACCUUUGUCGCAGUUGGAUUGACUGGCACAGGAAAGUCUGAACUGUGCCACUGGAUGACGGGGGAUGAGCAGGCAUGCUCUCCCAGCUCAACCAUGCCUCACACCAGUGAUGUCACGAUAUUAGAUCGUUUGCCAUUCAAGGACAAGCGUUACCGCUUAUUGCGAUGGAUUGACACGCCCGGAAGGGGUGACACACGAGGCGACGAAAAAGACAAGGAACUUUGGAACAAUACAAUGGCAAAGCUUAGAGCGACGCGACAGCGAGUCGACCGGAUCGUGUGGGUGCUGAACGCUGCCUGGCAGCGUGGGGCGUCCAUGAGGCAGCUGAUGAUCAAGGAGUUGCGCCGUUCCUUUGGCAUCCACUUGUACAAGCACCUAGACCUUGUCUUCAACUUCCUGCCCCACGUCGCCAACAAGAGCGAAUACCUCGAGCAAGUCCUCCUUCCGCAGCGCCAGAAGUUCCUGGAUUGGAUCAUGGAGCAAGAGAUGAAUCUUUUCAGCUGGCCAGCCAUCUUAAAAGACAGGAUUCAACAUGAAAUCAACGAGACAGGCUUCUAUGGCGUCAACAUCCACCCCAAGUUCUUGGCAGAGCUGCCAGAACACCUGCCUCUGUCAGCUCCCUACCUUCAGCAAUUUCCUCCCUUCUCAUACCCGGCCGGGGUGGACGAGCUGAUUCGGAUGCAUGACAAGGCUGAGAAGAUCCACAACAAAUCCAGUUGGUUGAAUGUGGAUGAUGAGCACCCGCGCAUCGGUCCAGGAAUCCUGAAGAACUACACACACACGGCUUUCGAAUGCGGAUUGAAGCAGCAGCUCCAGAAGGGAAGACGUCGUAUGCUCGUUCCCGGCUUCGUUGCCAUCUACGUAAACUUGAGCGGUGAGUAUUUCACUGCAGACGACAGUGCCAUACUGCUGCCCACAACAGUUGAAUGCGGUGAUCCGGAGGCCAAGGGCUGGCCACACGACUGGCAUAAUCAUACCGCUUUGGCAGUCAGCCCACCCUCAAACAAUUCCGGCACAUAUCGUUUCGAAUGGCACCACAAGUCUUCCCAAAUUUGUUUUUGUGAGGCUCCCAGUUGUUCGGAGGCGUGGCGGUUCGGACAGAAACUAGAACUACCGACAAAUCUGGAGGCCAGUGCGGGAGUUUGCGAUAACGUGACUUCAAAGCUCCGCUCUGAUCACAUCUCAGGCUCGGCAUCUAAAUGGUCAGGCAUUGCUGCCGUUGAUGGCCAUCUGUUUGCUGUGCCUGAGUCAGCCAACACAGUGCUUGUAGUAGACCUGAAUGGAAGUUCUCCUCUAGCAAUUGACCGAGUUUACGUUCAUUCCAGUGGGGGGGGUGGUGGGCAGCAACCAAUAAAAUUAGCCACAAUGGGUGCAGACAAGUGGCAGAAUCCCGUGACCUUCGAGGGCAAAGUUUAUGCUGCACCCCGUGAUGCUACGGACGUUCUGGUGAUAGAUGCAACCACCAAAGAUCUUACCAGAAUGAAGAUCCUUGAUGAGGACGGUUCUGUUUACGAAAGUAGCGCCCGCGACAAAUGGACCAGCCUUGCCUUUGCGAAUGACUACAUGUACAUGGUUCCCGGGCAGUCGCACUAUGUGGUGGUGCAUAGCCUUUCCUUGGGCAACUUUUCAUGGAUAGACAUCUCCACAUACAGCCCCAACUUGCACGGUGGUUACCUGGAGAAAAUCAAGUUUUGGGGUUGCUUGGUGGUGAACGGAGAGCUCUUCGCUACGCCCUACAGUGCGGACCAUGUGCUGGUCAUAGACACAUUGACGAGAAACAUCUCCACAAUCAGCACUGAGGAUUUGUAUGAGAAAGGUCCUAAGAAGUGGAGUGGAUUGGUCCAUGUCCAGGAUCGACUCUAUGCUGCUCCAAGCAACGCUGACAGGCUGCUCGUCGUCAACAUAGCUGCCAAGACGCUUGAUAGCAUCGACACGCGCUUGGUGGCACAUGGCAAGAACAAGUGGAGUGACAUCGUGGCCGUCGGCAGCCGCCUGUAUGGAAUUCCAGAUGAAACGGAGACUCUCCUCAUCGUUGAUUUGACAACAAGUCUUGCAUAUGGCCUCAGUACAGGGGAGCGAGCUCAGCAGAGGUGGUCAGGUGCUGUCGUCGUGGGAGAUCGGCUUUUUGCCUGUCCCCGUGAUGCCGACUACUUACUUGUGGUGAACGUGAGUGUCAACAUCUCAUGA